AUGCGUGAGCUCCCCAGAGCGACGAUCACCGUGACAUGGAAGCUUCUGCUGAUGCUCGCCGCGGCGGCGCUGGUGGCAUCGCAGCCGCAGCAGCUCUCGGCGGCGGUUGGCCAGCAGGGCCCGCCGGUUGGGCUGUACGGGAACUGCACGACCAUCUGCGGGGACGUGAUCGUGCCGUACCCGUUCGGCAUCACCGCCGGGUGCUCCCUGCCAGGGGGGUACAACCUCACCUGCGACACGAGCCACACGCCGCCGCGCCUCUUCCUCGGCGACGGCACCCUCCAGGUCGUGGGCAUCUCGCUCGAAAACUCCACCGUGCGCGUCGUCGGCCCCAGCAUACCCAUCCUCGAGUACCUCCGGGACGGGUACAUGACCGGCACAUGGGGCGGCCGGGGGUGGGGCCUCCACAAUGGGCCGUUCGUCCUGUCGAAGGAGGACAACGAGCUCGUCGUCCUGGGCUGCCAGCUCUCGGCGGAGCUGAUGGUAACCCAUCCGUACAACGGCGACCAGGUCAUCAACACCUGCGGGUCGAUCUGCGGCGCGGGGCUCGACCUCGACAAGGAGUGCCAGGCGCCGGCGAAGAAGCAGAGCCGCCGGUGCCAGAGGUGCUCCGGACUCGGCUGCUGCCAGGUGCCGGUCCCCAUCGGCCGGGCGGCGUACAACGUGCUGCUGCUGUCUCUCAACGGAGACGUGAACAUGCCCAGUUCGGUGUUCAUCUCCGAGGAAGGCUGGUUCCAGCAACCGUACAACUAUUCCAACAAGCCGUCGUCCGGGAUCCCGGCGAUCCUGGCAUGGGCGAUCGUCUCCGACGUGCUGCCCUUCAAGUCCGACCCACGCGAGGGGAACGCGACGUGCCCCACGGACGUGGGCAGCACCUCAUGCCACAGCAACUACAGCACCUGCAGAUACCUGGACCAACUGUACGAAAAGACCACCGGUUACACCUGCAGCUGCUGGGACGGCUAUCAAGGGAACCCUUACAUCCCUCACGGAUGCCAAGAUAUUGAUGAGUGCAAGCUUCCGGGUAAAUGCUAUGGCACUUGCACGAAUAUGCCUGGAAAGUAUUUAUGCGAAUGCCCGCAAGGAAGCAGCGGGGAUCCACAUAUUCCAAAUGGGUGCGUAAAACCGCAUGCAUCACGUACAGGCCUCAUCCUUGCUCUAGGAGCCGGAAUUGGAGCUGCGCUUCUCUUUGUAGUCCUAGGAACCAUAUUUUUAAUCCGUAAACUCAAGGAACGAAGGAAGAGGAUCCAAAGGGAAAGAUUCUUUAAGCAAAAUCGUGGGCAGCUACUACAACAAUUGGUAUGCCACAGGACAGAUAUAGCUGAAAGAAUGAUUGUUACUUUGGAAGAGCUAGAGAAAGCCACUAACAACUUUGAUAAAUCUCGUGAGCUUGGUGGUGGAGGACAUGGUAUAGUAUACAAGGGAAUUUUGUCAAGUCUACAUGUUGUGGCCAUUAAAAAGUCCAAGAUUGUGAUACAAAGAGAAAUCAAUGAUUUCAUAAAUGAGGUUGCUAUCCUUUCUCAGAUGAACCAUAGAAACAUUGUGAAGCUUCUUGGAUGUUGCCUAGAAACAGAAGUUCCUUUGCUUGUUUACGAGUUUAUUUCCAAUGGCACCCUCCACAAUCAUCUUCAUGUUGAGGCUCCAUUGUCAUUAUCUUGGAAGGAUAGAUUGAGAAUCGCAGUUGAAACUGCUAGGGCUCUCGCAUAUCUCCACUCUUUUGCUUCAAUGCCAGUAAUCCAUAGAGAUAUCAACUCUCCUAACAUUCUUCUUGAUGAUAAUUUGACGGUGAAGUUGUCAGAUUUUGGUGCUUCAAGAUAUGUUCCAAUUGAUCAAACAGGUGUGGAUACAGCGGUUCAAGGAACAUAUGGAUACUUGGACCCUAUGUACAAUAUCACAAGACACCUCACUGAGAAAAGCGAUGUCUAUAGUUUUGGUGUUGUUCUUAUAGAGCUGCUUACUCGAAAGAAACCAGUUUCUUACAGAUCCCCAGAGGGUUAUGAUCUCGUAAACCAUUUUGGAACUCUUUUAUCGGAGAGAAACUUAGCUGACAUACUAGAUCCACAAGUAUCCAGGGAGGGAGGUGGAGAAGUUAUUGACAUUGCUCUUUUGGCAGCAAUAUGUGUGAAGUUUGUAAGUGCAGAGCGGCCAACGAUGAGACAUGUGGAGAUGGCGCUUGAAGGUAUCUAUGAGGCAAAAGUGUAUAUCUCGAGUGACAUGUCCGAUGAUGAAUCUGAAGAGAACUACCAAUUGCAUGAUGUAUCUAUUGGUGUGACAAACUUGGAUACUAUGAGUCAAGGGUUGCGACGACGCACAGGUGGCAAACCGAUUGGUAACAUAAUGGCAACAAAAUUAUCAGGCCACGCAGGGGCUGCCCCUCCCUAUUCUGCUCCAUCACCAAACAACUUGCACUCGCAUCGGCUCGCCGAUGCUAGAGAUGCUAGAGUGCUUAUAUCUCACCAGGGAGGCCGUAGGGAGGUUCUAAUGCAUGGGCAGGGGAUGUGGUCUUCGUGGUGAACCUCACACAUCCCAGAUGGCUCAUCAAGAUCUUUUGCAUCAUGAGCAGAGAAGCAAUCAAGCUAGUGGUGCUUCCUGCGAGCACUGGCUGCGCUUCCAUUAGCACUACUGAACUUCCGGAAAAUACCAUGUGCGCAUAUGGGCAGGUGCCCCCCACUUGACGGUGUUAGCCUCCAUUUGUCAGGGUACCUAUCUUCUGUUGUCUUCUUCUUCAUGUUGCAUUA